AUGAUCGAGCUCUGGUUCGCGUACUACUCUGCCUGGUCCGGCCAGAUCCUCUUAGAGCGAUGGGCCAUUGGUCUUUACAACAUACUGUUCACUGGUGGGGCACCUUUAGCCCUGGGACUGUUUGACUGGCGUUGCACUGCCAUUGUUUCCUACAAUUACCCGAAACUCUACAAACCCUCACAGGCAGCCCAGUAUUUCAAUGGCAAGGUUUUCUGCUACGUCAUUCUGGGCAACAUCAUCUACACUUAUGUUGUGGUCACGGUCUGCCUCAAGGCCGCACUGGAGACUUACUCGUGGACGUGGUUUUCCACAUUGGCUUACGGAGGAUCGGUUUUGGCGUGGAUUCUCUUUUUAGCGAUUUACAGAGUAGCUUGGAUUGCUGGCCCGGCUAACCACUGA